AUGGCGCCUCUUACUGCCGCGUCCGACGAGAAGACGCAUCAAGCGCUCCUCGACAAGCUUGACAUACACGCGACUCCAAAGCCCUUCCGCAACCCAAACUGGAAGCCACCGCAGCGCCGCAACAAAAACUUGAAGCAGAUCCUUGGCGAAGCCUCGCGAAAAGAGGCCUCGGUCAUGGCGACACAGAACAACAGCGGCCAGUCAACACCAGCUGUGCCUUACUCAGAGGGCAACGGAACGCCUGCCGGAAACGUGGGCCGACCGCCGAACAUUGCACAAGCAGCUCAGAGCCUGAGUACUUUGGUGCUGGAGAAGAAUGGCAGGGCAGCGGCAGGAGGCAAUGCGACAGGACCAGCACCGACCUACACGAACAUCGAAUCGGCACCGAGCUUCCACCCAAGCAGCCAGAAGAAGUACUGCGACAUCACUGGGCUGCCAGCACCCUACACAGACCCGAAGACGCGAUUGCGCUAUCACAACAAGGAGUUAUACGGCACCAUCAGGACGAUGCCGCAGAACGUGUACGAGGCAUAUCUGGCUGCGAGAGGAGCUCACACCAUCUUGAAAUGA